UACAGGUCUGUCAAUGGCGUCUUGUAAAACGAAAGUUGAUACAAACGUAAUGAAAACUGAAAAAAAAAGAUGGUCGUCUGGUAAUCUUGAGGAUUUCCUCUCAUUUCAUCCAGCAGAGAGACCUGGAUGGAGGGAAGCUACCAUUGCUGGGGAUAUCAGUUCAAUACCGUCAGUUUCUGACAUGAUAAAAAAUAUAGUAGAGUAUGAAAAAACCUAUGAGAAAUUAAAGAAAACUACUGGAAAAACUGACAGAAAACAAAUCAGUAAAUAUUUACUCACUAAGUUCUUAUGCAAUGUACAAAAAGAAGAAGAUAUUGGAGUGAAAGAGGAAGGGAAGACUGAGGACAUCAUGCAUAUUUUGGACAAAGAAUGCAAUAUUGAUGAGGCUGGGGCAAAAAGGAAACUUUCUGACUGUUCAACUGAUAUGUCACAGGAAAAGAAACUGUGUGUGGAAGAUGAAAAACAUGAGUCACCAGAAUUUGAUACAUACUCAAGUUUAGAGGAUGAACUUGGUGAUUGUCAUGGAAGAAUAUCAAGUUCAGGUGAUGCAAAGCCAUCAAAAACUGUAUUAGAAACAAAAAAUUUGUAUAAAGCUUACAAGCACAUCGCACAUGAACUUAAUAAGUCUAAGACUGAAACAGAUAUGUAUGCUGUAGACAGUAACUCAACAGAAGCCGUUGAUGACUGUAAAGGUGUUAUAGAUAUCGACUCUUUGAUUAUCCACACUCAUAGAAUCCUUAUGGAAGGUGUAAUGAAGGAAAACCAGAUGCCAGGAAGAUUCAGUACAAAUGAUAGAAAAGCUAAUUUCAAAGGCCAGGAAUACUGGUAUCCCAAAUUUGAAGAAGAAAUAUUUGCCGAAGAAGCUGUUCAGACUUUGAUUGACAAAGUGAAUGACAUUAUGGAUGACAUCAGGUAUAAGACUGUUUCAGAUGAAGAGAAAUAUAAACUUUACUUCAAAUGUUCCAGCCUUUUUCUCUUCGUGUUUCUUACCCUGCAUCCAUUUGCAGAUGGAAAUGGCAGGCUUGCCCGUUUGCUUGCAAGUUACAAUCUACUCACAUUCUCACCAUUUAUGACGCUAAUCUACAAUGUGUUCAGCUCAUCCAGGGAAUGUGAUUAUAUUCAGGCAUUAGUCGACACAAGAGAAGGUCUACAAAUUCCAGAGAAAAUAACUGCUAAAGAUGAGGCUAGAAAGUUGACGAUUUCUGUAAUGCGUCAGAAACCUUGUGAUUUGUGUUCCAUGCUUAUUGAGUCAAAUUGGACAAUUUGGCGACAGUUAUUGGUCGGAUUGGGUGACAGAAGUGUUAAGCUUUUUGAAUGGGAAGUCCAGAAUCAGAAAUUCUUGAGCAGGACUUUUGAGGCAUCUGAAUCUGUUCAAUAAGUUUAUUGACCACUACUGGGGCACUAAUGCAUUCAUAUGUCAAGCACCAUGAUAAUUAAGCCAGUUGAUGAUGCUUGUAUUAGACUGUUACCUUAGAAAUUGUUAAUUCAAGAAUGUGGCCAGAGCAGUCAGUAAGAUCUUAGUGUUUUAAACUGUUUACAUAGAUUCCAUAAUUAUGUUCCUCUUCAAAGAAGAGGGGUAUAUUGCUUUGCACCUGUGUUGGUCUGUCUGGCGAUAGAGCAAAUGGUCUCCGCCCAAUAAAUUGAGACCACGACCAAGAACCUUCAAACUUAGGAGCAUGAUUUGGCUUAUGAAAUAAUGACCCAUAUUGUUUUUGGGGUCAGUAGAUUAAAGGUUACAGGGGACUUAACCUUGAAAACUAUUUCCACUCAAUAACUCUUGAGAAUCAUAUGAACUAGAACCUUCAAACCUGAUAGCAUGAUUGGGCUAAUAAUGUAGAUGACCCCUGUAGUUUUGAAGGUCAAGGUCACAGGGGCCUGAACCUUUAAAACAGUUUCUGAUCAAUAACUUGAGAACUAUUUGAACCAGAACCUUCAAACUUAACAUGAAUGUACUUAUAAAGUAGAUGACCCCUAUUUUAGAUGGAGGGGUAGGGGUCAGUAAGUCACAGGAGCCUGAACCUUGAAACAAUCCCUCCCAUAAAAUUGAGAAUCUCUUGACCCAGGGCCUUCUAACUUGGUAGAAUGAUCUGGAUAAUCAAGAUGAUGACCCCAAUGUUUUUUGGAUCAGUAGGUCAAAGGUCAAGGUCACAGGAACCAUGAAAACGGUUUCUGUCUAAUAACUUGACAAUGACUUGACCUAGAAGCAUGAUUGGGCUUAUAAAGUGGAUGACCCCUAUUGAUUUAGAAUUCAGUAGGUCAAAGGUCAAGGUCAUAGGGGCCUGAACCCUGAAAAUGGUUUCUGCCUAAUAAAAAUAGCCCCAGAACCUUCAAACUAGACAGCAUAAUUGAGUUUACAAAUUAGAUUACCCCCUUCUGUUUGAGGGUCAUUAGAUCAAAGGUCAAGGUCUCAGGAACCUGAGCCUUGAAAACCGUUUCUGCUCAAUAACUUGAGAACCACUCAACUUAGGAUCUUCAAAAUUGAUAACAUGAUUGGAUUUAUGAAGUUGAUGACCCCUAUAGUUUUGGGGGUCAAAUGUCAAGGUGAUAGUGAUCACAGGACUGAAAAUGGGACAGUACAUCAUGGGGCCCUGUAUGUUUUACAAACGUCUCUUGUUUCAGCUUCUUGAUCCAACAGUUUUUCAUGAAUUUCAGCGUUAUCUUAUAAGAACGAGGUUGAUUGCUCUAAGGGUGUAAUAGAGAUUUUCAGCUUACUUCGACGCGUACUGCGGACCACGGACUGCGAACUUACUAUAGGGGUUUUCUCAAACUGUAUAUACGUUUUUAUGCACAUAUUUAGCAUGUAAUACGUACUAUCCGAGAAAAGACAGUUAUAAGAUUUAUUAAUAUCCUUUGUAUUGUAUAUAUGAAUUACCGAUAUACAUGUAUUUCGUCUUACAAGCAUGCUUAACAGCGUGGGCGCAUUAAAAAAAAUAUCGUUUCAUCUUUUAGAUCUUUUUUAUUAAUGCAUCUACUCAAAUCAUUCUGCUACCCUAUUUAUAAACAAGACAUUGCAAACUUAUUCUUUUUAUCCCCCUCCCCCCUUUCGAAGAAGGGGAGGGUAUAUUGUUUUGCAGAUGUCGGUCGGUCUGUCGGUCGAUCGGUCGGGCGGAAUGUAGACCAAUCCGUUUCCGGAUGAUAACUCAAGAACGCUUUGGGCUAGGAUCAUGAAAAAUUAUAGAAAGGUUGGUCAUCACCAGCAAAUGACCCCUAUUGAUUUUGAGGUCUGUAUGUCAAAGGUCAAGGUCGAAGUGACCAGGAGCAGUAAAACGGUUUCCGGACAAUAACUCAUGAAUGCUUGGCCCUAGGAUCAUGAAAGUUAACAGGGAGGUUGGUCAUAACCAAGAGAUGACCCCUAUUGAUUUUGAGAUCUGUAUGUCAAAGGUCAAGGUCGAAGUGACCAGGAACAGUAAAACGGUUUCCGGACAAUAACUCAUGAAUGCUUGGCCCUAGGAUCAUGAAAGUUAAGAGGGGGGAGGUUGGUCAUAACCAAGAGAUGACCCCUAUCAAUUCUGAGGUCAGUAUGUCAAAGAUCAAGGUGACCCCGAACAGUUAAACGGUUUCCAGAUGAUAACUCAAGAUUACUUGGGCCUAAGAUCGUUAAAGUUAAUAGGAAGGUUGGCCAUCACAAGCAGAUGACCCCUAUUGAUUUUGAGAUCAGUAGGUCAAAGGCCAAGGUCGAAGUGACCAGGAACAGUAAAACGGUUUUUGGACAAUAACUCGUAAAUGCUUGGGAGUAUAACGCUUGGGCCUAUUAUACGCUACUGAAUUAAGUCAGUUUUCCCGGCCACGUUAUCAGGAUAUAAAAGAUGGCUACAUUAUAAAUUUUAAACCAUAUACAGUGAGUUUUCAUGAGUUUAAAUCUUUGUCCAAGUUUCCCACAGCCGAGUAUCUACACAUACCCCCACAGCCGAGUAUCUACACAUACCAUAUGUAUGCAUGUGUUCGAAAAGGUACCCGACUAAAAAGGCUUUGUCAAUAAUGAAAUAAUGAUAAAGACUAGUCUCGACUGCUGAGCUGGUUGUAUCAAAUGACCACACAGAAUUGCUCCAAUGGUGUCAAAAAUAUAAUGUCGUUGACAAUUCUAUGCAUGCACUGGCCAUAAAACAUUUUUAAUAUGAUCUGAAUUUGACCUUGGACACUUCCCAUGCCUAAUGUUCACAAAACAAUUUUCGGUCUCCGCUAGGUUUUAGAUCGACAUUUUGACAGCCAGUUUUGAUAGUACUUAAAGAUUAAAUUCCUCUUGAAACUGAUGAUCCAUACUAAGUAGUCACUUUAAGAUAGUAAAUUUAAAACAACCUUUGUUACAUGCAAUUCUGAUAUCAGAUUAUGAAAAUAAGAAGAGGCUAUUUCCUUUGUUCAUUUCAAAACAUGCUGAUGCACACUAAUUCAGCAUGUUUUAGCUAAAAAAUGGUAAUGUAUUGGAUCACGUUUCGACAGGGUUGAAAGAUACAUGUAUGACAACUUCCUGUAUGUUUAGACAAAGUGUUGAAGUAAAUCAUUCAAGAUAUUUCAGUAAAACUUCUAUUUUAUCGAACAUUAGAUACAAUUAUCAAAAUUAAUGAAAAACAUUAACCUUUUCCGUAUAGAAGUCUACGAGAACACGGUAUUGAUACUGUGCAACAAAAAUUAAACGGGCUUUCAUUUCAUUCAGAAUGAUUUAUUAUUUUUUUCACAAUAAUAUUUUGUACCGCAUUUAUUUUUUAUUUUGUUGCAAGGAAAAACUAGUCUAGGAAUUGUAUGGACGGACACAUAUUAAAACCAGGAGUCGCCGUUAUCUUCAAAUCCAUGUUUCAAGCUAUAUUUUAAUGCAUGAACAUAUUAAGCUAAGGUAUUGUAGCACAGUGGGUUCGAAAGUUCACAUGUCAUGUCGUUCGAUUCUCGUGGAGGUUAAGUAACGCCAGAAAUGUCUCAAAAUAUAGAAACAAAAUGUUAAAGCAUACGGAUAAUUGAAGAUCCUGCUUAACGCAAGUAAAAUGCAGCAGAGUAUUUAGAUGACAUCUUCAUAUUGCGAUUACGUGUUUUAAAUGUAGCCUGUUCACUAUCCAUAUAUUUUCAAACGUAAUAGCAGAUAAUUAUAUCACAAUACACUAAUUUGUACAAUGAAGGCAAAAGUUACAACACAUAUAGGUGAAAGAAUCAUAUAUACCCUAAGUAUGUUUUUUUUUUUUUGCGAAUAUUUUGAGAAAACCCCUACUGUAAGUACGCAGUCCAAUGUCCGCAGUCCGCGUCAAAGUAAGUUGAAAUCUCUAAUAGGAACUUUCUGAAUUUUUAAGAUAUCUUUAGUAGUGUUACUUUUAUGGUGGCCAAAAACGUACUUUAAAAUUCCGGUCCUUGCAAAGUUUACUGUAUUUAUGAU